UUCGACGACUGGCCUUCACAUCGUGCUCGGUUGGGCGGACUUUGAUGUCGGGCUGCGAGAGAGAGCGGGCGUUAUGUAGGAUACGGGGUUGUGUUAAUUCCGAUUUCUUUGAUGCGGUGGGUGGGGAGGUAUUUAUUGUCUUUAGAACUCCUCUGCGCUCGAGCUGAUAACCUGGACAAGAAUUACUUCAUACUUAACGUUACUUGGGAAUCAUCGAUACUCAUUGCAAGUAUUUCCCCCAUACCCUAAUAUUCAAGACCUCAUCAAUUAGGCACACAAAGAAAUCCCCUCACCCAGUCCAGCCUCAGCCCAUCCCAAAAUGACCGACUCCAAAAAGUACACCUCCAAACUCUCAAACUCCCGCGUCCUCAUCAUAGGAGGCUCCUCCGGCCUCGGUUUCGCCGUCGCAGAAGCCUGUCUCGAAUCCGGAGCGCUUGUCGCAAUCUCCUCAUCCAACCCACACCGAAUCAACACUGCUAUCGAAAAGCUCCAGUCCUCUUACCCAUCCGCCGUAGCCCGGAUCCAUGGUAUCCCCGUCGAUUUAUCUAAGCCAGAGACGCUGGACAAGGAUCUAGAAAGGCUGUUCCAAGUGACGAUGCAGAAGAUCGGGGGGGAGGAAGGGAAGUUAGAUCAUGUAGUAUUCACGGCCGCAGAUGCGCUGAGUAUGAUGAAGAUUGAAGAAUUAACACCCGAAUCCAUUGUGAAAGCCGGACAAAUGCGAUUCGUAGCCCCUCUCAUGACCGCGAAAUAUUGCUUCCGUUACCUCGUCCCCUCGCACAAAUCCUCAUAUACUAUCACCACGGGCGCGAUCUCGGAAAAGCCGGUUCCCAAUUGGUCUAUCAUUGCGUCGUAUGCGGGCGGGCACCAUAGCAUGGUUAGGAAUCUUGCGCUGGAUUUGAAGCCGGUGAGGGUUAAUGGUGUGAGUCCGGGCGUUGUGGAUACGGAGUUAUGGCGUAUGGGGAAAGAGGAUAAGGAUAUGUUUUUAAGGGAGUGUGAGGAGCAUAUGUGUACGAGGGUGGCGGGACAGCCGGAGGACGUAGCGGAGAGCUUUUUGGUGUGUUUGAGGGACUAGAAUAUGGAUGGGGGGGUCGUGAGGACAGAUGGGGGGAGUUUGUUGAUGUGAGUGGGAAGUGAUAAGAGGAAUGUGGGAAGGUGAUUGAAAGGGAGUGGAUUAUGAAGGGGUUGAUAGAGCAGAGUCACAAAGUAGGAUUGAUGAAGGAUGAUGGCGGAUGGGAGGUGGUAGCAAGGCUCCUCAGUGGUUGCUGUCAUAUAUGGGAGCCCGAUUCAUAUAUUGGAUUCUUUCCAUUCAGA